AGACCACAGGCAUAGUAAACAUGGUGCAACUUGAUAUUGAAAAGACGCUCUCGGAGCUGGACCUGAACGAGAAGAUUGCACUCACUGCUGGAGCCGACUUCUGGCACACAGUGCCCAUAGAACGUCUCAAGAUCCCCUCUGUGCGAACAUCAGAUGGACCAAACGGUGUCCGCGGAACUCGUUUCUUCAACGGCGUCCCCUCAGCAUGUCUACCAUGCUCAACAGCUCUCGGUUCAACCUGGGACGUGAACUUACUCGAGCAGAUUGGUGAAUUAUUAGGCGACGAAGCACGCUCCAAAGGUGUUCAUGUCCUAUUAGGUCCUACGAUCAAUAUCCAGCGCUCGCCCCUUGGCGGUCGUGGGUUUGAGUCGUUUUCGGAGGAUGGGUUACUUUCUGGUGUUUUGGCGGGGUAUUAUUGUAAAGGUGUCCAGUCAAAGGGGGUUGGUGCGACGUUGAAGCAUUUUGUGUGCAACGAUCAGGAACAUGAGCGUAUGGCGGUUGAUACUAUCGUUACGGCGAGAGCGUUGCGUGAGAUUUAUUUAGUGCCGUUCCAGCAGGCUCUUCGAAUCUGUCAGAUGGCGUGCUUUAUGACCGCUUAUAAUAAGAUUAAUGGGUGUCAUGUGAGCGAAAACGCAAGUAUUAUUGGAGACAUCUUGCGCAAAGAAUGGAAGUGGAACGGUCUCGUUAUGAGCGAUUGGUUCGGCACAUAUAGCACUGCAGAAGCAAUCAAUGCCGGACUGGAUCUCGAAAUGCCAGGUCCAACCCGGUGGCGAGGAUCAAUCCUCAACCACGCAAUCAAUUCAAGAAAAGUGGCUGACCAUGUCCUUGACGAAAGAGUGCGAAACGUGCUCAACCUUGUCAACCAUGCCGGUAAAUCCGAUAUCCCCUUUGGCGCCGAGGAGAAAGGUCUCAAUCGUCCUGAAGAUCAGAAACUUCUUCGCCGUGCAGCUGCUGAGUCUAUAGUACUCUUGAGAAACAACAACAGCGUUCUCCCGUUUGACAAGAUCAAGCCUAUCGCUGUUAUAGGACCAAAUUCUAAAGUGGCUGCUUACUGUGGCGGUGGUUCUGCGUCUUUACCACCGUAUUAUACUGUGACUCCGUUUGAAGGAAUCACCAACGCUAGCAAAGCAGAUGUCAAAUUCUCCCAGGGUGCUUAUGCUCACCAAACUCUGCCUCCAUUAGGACCGUUAAUGAAGACUCUGGAUGGAAAGAAGCAGGGUUUUGAAUUUAAAGCGUACCUUGAGCCUCCCGAAGAGAGGAACAGCGAUUCCAAGCCUGUUGAUGAGUUGCAUCUCGUCAACUCAACGGGUUUCCUUGCCGAUUACAAGAACCCUCGCAUCCCUGGGCAGCUAUUCUACGCCGAUAUGGAGGGAACAUUCACACCAGCAGAAGACGGUCUGUAUGAUUUUGGAGUCAUCGUGAUUGGCAGUGGAAAAUUGUUCAUUGAUGGCGAACUUGUCGUGGACAACGCUACCACUCAACGACAAGGAACAGCCAUGUUCGGCAGUGCCACGGUUGAGGAGAAAGGGUCCAAGGAACUCAAGGGAGGAACCUCGUACAAGAUCCUGUUCCAAUAUGGAAGCCGGCCAACAUCGAAAUUGGAAAAUCGUAGCGUUAUUGACUUUGGUCUUGGUGGGUUCGCCUUCGGUACAGGCAAGCGAAUUGAUAAGGAGGAGUCUAUCAAACAAGCAGUCGACUUGGCGUCCAAAAUGGAACAGGUUAUUCUCGUUGCCGGAUUGAAUGGUGAAUGGGAAACCGAAGGCAAUGACCGAGAGCAUAUGGAUCUCCCACCUGGCACGGAUGAAUUGAUAUCUCGCGUUCUUGACGUCAAUCCCAACGUUGCCGUUGUUAUUCAAAGCGGGACACCGGUGACCAUGCCUUGGAUAGACAAGGCCAACGUCUUAGCUCAAGCGUGGUUCGGUGGAAACGAGCUCGGAAACGGUCUCGCUGACGUUCUUUAUGGUGAUGUUAAUCCCGCCGGGAAGUUAUCUUUAACUAUCCCUGCUCGUUUAGAGGAUAACCCGUCGUAUCUCAAUUUCGGUUCUGAGCGAGGCCGGGUUUUGUACGGAGAGGAUGUUUAUGUGGGAUAUCGGUAUUUUGAGAAGGCUGGAGUUAAGCCGUUGUUUCCAUUCGGUUAUGGCUUGUCGUAUACGACAUUCGCACGAUCGGGUCUAUCAUUGCAGGUAGACUCAGAGAAGCCAAUUCUAGAAGACGGCGAAAGAAUAACCGCCUCCUUGACAGUGGCUAAUACCGGAUCAGUCGCUGGUGCAGAAACAGUGCAACUAUGGAUACAACCCCCCGCAAUUGCAAACAUUAAGAGACCCGUUCGAGAAUUGAAAGGUUUCACAAAAGUCCAUCUACAACCUGGAGAAAAGAAAGAUGUCUCAAUCACAGUCGAGAAAAAGAUUGCGACAAGCUUCUGGGAUGAGAUUAGAGAAUCUUGGGCAUCUGAAAAGGGCGAAUAUACGGUUUUGAUUACUGGGACUGGGGAGGAAGCACUUUCUGAAAAGUUUAGUGUUGAGAAGAGUCGGUACUGGAUUGGAUUGUAG